AUGCCUCUCGCUCACUGGUACCUGCGCUCGAAGGCAGCGUGGAUCGCUCGUUCAUCUCACUGCGUGUCUGUGACAAAGUCCGGCGUCGUGGCUGUCUAUGGGGGUGAACUGAAGCCCCGUACUCCCAUCGAUGACACACUGAAGGGCUCCAUGCAUAUAUUUGACCUGCGCCAGGAAAACGCAGCGGACAAGUCGAGCGGAUGGAAGACGCUUAGUCCAAUAAGAACUGCUCAGCAACUGAGUGAGGUCCCAGAACCCAGAGUAGGCGCGACAAUGGUAGUUGAUGGUGGCAGUCUAUAUAUGUGGGGUGGACGGGGAGGUGUUGACAUGGCACCACUUGGUCCUGAAGAGAUUGGAAUGUGGAAAGCGGUAUUUGAUGAAGGAGACCCUAGUGGCAUAACAUGGAAGAGAAUAAAGGCCGUGAAUCCAGAAGAAGGUCCAGAACCACGAAGUUAUCAUGCGAGUAUUGCGCAAGGGGGGAGAAUUUACGUCCAUGCAGGGUGCCCUACUUCGGGAAGACUGGGUACUUUACAUGCGUUUAACAUAGACCAGUGUAGAUGGCAGAGUCUUGCUACUGCUCCAGACCCAGCUCGAGGAGGUACCUCCCUUGUCGCUGCUUCCCUCGAAGCUUCUGCUCCUAUUCUGCUUAGAUUCGGAGGUUUCAGCGGCUAUGAACUACCCUCAACACCAGGCGUUCUCGAUAUUUACUUCGUAAAUGAGGAUAAAUGGACUGUCGUUCAACCAGAAGCAGAUGUGGUCCACGGCUCUCCGGCAUCUCGUUCUGUUCAUGGUUUCAGCCGCUUCCGCUCGAGGUCCCCCGCGCUCUCGAAUGCAGUAGCUCUGCUCUUCCACGGAGAACGAGAUGCCAGCAGCUUGGGACACGCGGGAGCGGGAACGUUCUGGGAUGAUAUAUGGUUGCUUACUAAGGACAAGGCGGUAGACAGCACACGAGGUUGGGCUUGGAAAAAGGUAGAUGUCGCAGAGAGGAGCGGUGAAGGAAACCUACCGGAAAGUAGAGGAUGGAUUGCAAGUGACGAAUGGGCAGAAAAUGGCGAAUCUCGUAUCGUUAUGCAGGGCGGACUGUUGUCAUCCAACGAAAGGAGUGAUGAACUAUGGGAAUUGCGGAUCGAGUAA